AUGUCCUGCUUUCGCACAAGCCGUGCUGCGGAUAUAGCUGCAUGUUUUAAUGUGCCUUCGCCAACACAACUUACAAUAACAGCUGAAAAUUUUAAGACUUUCCUGUACUGGCAAUACCCAGCUAUUUCUGAAACUGCUUAUUUUACAGUAGAAAUCAAACCUUACAAUCUUGGUACUUAUAAGACCAUCUUGAGUUGUGUGAACAUUUCGGCUCAUUUUUGUGAUAUCUCGGGAGAAAUAGAAGACCCCUUUUCCUCCCAUUGGCUUCGAGUUAAAGCUGCUGUUGAGUCAGAACAAUCUGAGUAUGCUGAAUCAAGCGAGUUUAUUUUGCAACAGCAUGUAAAAAUAGGACCGCCUGUGUUGCAUCUCUCAAGGCACAGUGACAAAAUCAUCGUUGAUAUUUACCAACCUGCAUUUCCCUCUGAGGAGCUUUGUCCUUGGAUCAGUAAGGCGGAUGUCGUAUACACAGUGACCUUGGGGGACAGUAAAAAUCAGAGCAAAGAGGAAUUCUUUCCCGAAGAUUGUAAUUUAAAGAAAUGUAGCAUAGACAUCCCAAUUUCUUCUGAAGGUUCCAUUUAUUGUGUUUCAGCGAAGGGAAGUUUCUAUAAUGAUCUGAUACUUGGUGCCCCAUCAGAAGAAAGCUGCAUUCCUAUUCCUCUCAAGCUGACUUUGAGUAAGAUAAUUCUAAAAAUCUACAAUGGUUUAUUUUCCAAACUUGACAAUUUUUUCUCCAACCUCCUAGGCUCAACAAAUGUUGUAAUUGUGGUUGGUGUUAUCCUCAUCUUUGGUCUAUUUUUGGGUAUGUUUUAUGGCUACAAGAAAUUAAAGAAAAAGAACAUAAAGCUGCCUAAGUCUUUGGUUAGUGUGAUAAGAAACCUAAACACAAACAGAUUUCUAGAACCAAAACCAGAGACAAAAUGCAACUCUGUGGUCAGUCUCAUGCCAGAUGAGCCAGCGUCGCCAGCUGAUGAAGAAGUGCACCCGCUGAAGGUAGAGCAAAAGGAAGGAAUCACUAAUCCUGAGAAUUCCAGCGAAGGAGCGUCUUCUAUUUUCCUGACAGAGGUACAAGGCAACUCAGGAGAGGUUUCUGUGCAGGAAAGCACAGGGCAGGUGUCCUCUGAUGAUGAACAAAAUCAUAAAGGGAGAGGGAGUUAUUUCCCUUCUGACAAUAACCAGACAGAGAUAUGCAGUAACUGUUCAGAUGCCGAGGUUCCUACCACAGAAGUACAACAAACAGUCCAUCCAAGCAGCACGCUCAAGUUUUCGGGCUAUGACAAGCCUCACGUGCCAAUAGAUAUGUUGAUAGAUGUUGGUGAAGAACGGCCCGUGGUUGCAUACAGGCCCACCGAGCAACCAGGAUAGCUGCAAUAUUGAACCAGAACUCAUGAAGAACAGCAUUAC